AUGGCGGUGAAAACUAUUGGAACACAUAGUGGAACGUUUCAUGCAGAUGAUUGUCUUGCAGUAUAUAUGUUAAGAUUGCUUCCUGAGUUUAAAGAUUCGAAAAUUGUAAGAUCUCGGGAUCCAGAAAUACUUGAAACAUGUGAUAUUAUUGUCGAUGUUCAUGGAAAGUAUGAUGGUGUAAAAUAUUUUGAUCAUCAUCAAAGAUGUUUUAAUGAAACUUUUUCAGAAAAUUUUAGAACUAAACUUAGUAGUUCUGGAUUAAUUUUUAAGCAUUUUGGAAAACGGAUUAUUUCUUAUAGAUUAGAUUUGGAUUUAGAUCAUCCAUAUGUUGAUGUUCUUUAUGUUAAAUUGUAUGAGUCAUUUUUGGAAGCAAUUGAUGCUAAUGAUAAUGGAAUUAAUGCAUAUCCAUAUGAUGUAAGACCGUUGUUUAAAACACAGCUUGAAUUGUCUUCUUUAGUUGCAAACUUUAAUCCUUGGUGGAAUCAGCCUACUGAUGAUAAUAUUCUAUUUAGUAAAUUUUUAAAGGCUAGUGAGUUUAUUGGAGCUAUUUUUUUAGAUCAUUUAGAUUAUUAUGGAAAAGCUUGGAUUGUAGCUCGUGAAUUAGUUCUUGAUGCUUUUAAAAAACGUUUUGAAUAUGAUUCUAAAGGAAGAAUUGUUGUUUUUGAACAGUUUUUGCCAUGGAAGUCACAUUUAUUUCAAAUUGAAAGUGAAUUUAAUACGUGUGGUCAAAUCUUAUAUGUGAUAUAUACAGAUGGUAAAGAUUGGAGGGUUCAAGCUGUUCCUAUAGCACCUGAGAGUUUUACAAGUAGAAAAGGUUUACCUGAAAAUUGGAGAGGUUUAAGAGAUAAAGCGCUCUGUUUAGAAUCUAAUAUAGACAAUUGUGUUUUUGUACAUGCAAGUGGGUUUACUGGAGGAAAUAAAACAAAAGAGGGUGCACUUCAAAUGGCUAUAAAAGCUCUUGGCUUUUAA